GGCACGUUUGUACGGUGUUCUUGGCUCCCUCUCACCUCAGCUAGCGGCUUGAAUGCCGGCACACAGGCGCCAGCUCCAUCCCGAUGGCGCUGCCCUUGAUCGAGCGAUAUUACGAGAGGUUUUCAGGGACCGUCGGCGUUGCAAAUCCACAUUUCCGCGGAGCUGUGGAUUUCGCUAUCGCACUCGUGAAAUGUGAGUGAUCAAUGCCGUGCUUCUCGAAGGCGGGGUAGAUCGGUAGUUCUGGGACCCUGGCAGACAGGGGAAGUGAAUCUUCGUCGGGAUAGUGCAUAUAUUUCGGAGCGAGAGGAGCAUGGGAAACGAGUACCAUCAAUCGUAUCAGCAAGGCGCUGUACACAACUCCUCGAAGGCCAAGUCACAGUUUCAAAGGCAGCCGCAGCAGAGAGUGGGAGCUCCGGAUCCUCUACUCAGAGAGUUGUCCGCUCUAAGUCGGGCGCCAUCGCUGAGGGAUCCGUCUACGAGCUCCGUUUGGAAGUCGGGCUUGCCUCCUCAACAUAACAGCACCAACAAUAGGCUAGACAAGGAGCUCCCUGCUCGUCUUCGUGGACGAGAAGCCAAGCUUGCGAAAGCGGCAGCAAGUUUUCAAGGGGAAAGUGUGGAUCAAGAUGGCUACGGAGAGGAGGAGAUUGAGCAGGAUCAACUUAGAACGGAAUGGCAGGACAAAGUCGUCAACUGGAUAGAUGGUGGUCUUCGGGAAGGUGAGCGAAAGCAGGCGCUUCUUCGGAGCAUCAGCGAGAUACUGAAUCAAAAGAUGGAUGCUCCGGAUAGUAGCUCCAGCGCCAACACAAAGCUGCGGAAAAUUGGAUCCCUGGAGCACCAGAGGCCUCCGCAAAACUUGAGAAGGAACAGGCACCAGAAGGAAGGUGGCAGCAGAAGAGGCGGAAGAAUUGCGUGGAGGGAGCAAGAGGAGGAAGGGUAUGAACUGGAGAAAGCAUUGGCCGUGACAAGGCACGAAGCGGAUCCAGGCUACGAUUACGAGGAGUCCGACAGUUCUUCCGACGACGAAACAGACGGCUUAGUUUCUCACUUGCACUCUCCGUUACUUGCCAUGCAGAAAGAGCGGAGGGUGAGACGCCAUAGAAAGCUAGCGACGGGGGACCUCGGAUGUGCAAACUUUGGCUUUUCUAUGGGUUCCCAUCCAUACAAGAAGUUCCUGCCACGAAAGGGCCAUGAAGCCGAUGCUUACGACGGGACUGAAGGCAGUCACGGGUGCGGCCUCCCAUGGUCUUACUGGCCAAGGCACAAAGGAAAGAACCUCCUCGAAGUAGCCGGGAAAAGUCUCUCCUGCUAUCCGGACAUUCCAAGGAGGAAGAUCACGGGUCAAGAGAUGAUCCCGGCUCCUGGGAACAUACCGGUUUCUGCAAACACAGAUAGUGCUGCUGCUAUCUCGAACCUGUCACUUUUGGCUGGUAGUUUGGAGACGGAUUUGGACAGGCUCUCGAAUGGGAAAAGGCACAGGAGCUUGAGCCAGAAGUACCGUCCCAAGACCUUCAGGGAUAUAGUUGGACAGAACAUGUUGGUGCAAGCUCUUGGCAAUGCCGUGACCAGGGGGAGGAUAGCACCGGUAUAUUUGUUCCAUGGGCCUCGUGGAACUGGAAAGACUUCGGCUGCUAAAAUCUUGGCGGCGGCAUUGAACUGCGUCUCUGUGGAAGAUACUCGGCCCUGUGGAGUCUGCAGAGAGUGCUUGCUUCUCUGCCUGGGGAAAAGCGGAGACGUGAAAGAAGUGGACGUUGCAAGUCACGACUCAACAAGUCUAAUGAAGAAGCUGCUAAUGGACGCUGUGGUUGGGCCGUCAUCAGGUCGUUACAAAGUUUUCAUCAUUGACGAGUGCCACACACUCACAGCAGAGGGGUGGAACGUGUUUCUGAAAUGCCUCGAAGAACCCCCAGAGCACGCGGUUUUCAUUCUCACCACGACUGACACGGAGCAGUUGCCACAUCCGGCGUCAACAAGGUGUCAAAAGUUCCAUUUUCCCAAGAUCAAGGACUCGGACGUGGUGAGCAGGUUGCAGGCUCUCGCUGCAAAGGAAAGCUUGGAGGUGGAGAAAGAUGCGCUCGACCUCAUCGCGGCAAGGUCUGGUGGUUCGCUCAGGGAUGCUGAAACAACACUGGAUCAACUUAGUCUCGUGGGACAGAAGAUCACUCUAGAAGUGGUGCAAGAGCUUGUUGGGCUGGUGUCCAAUGCAAAGCUGGCGGAUUUGCUGGACAUGGCUCUUACUGGGGACACACUGAACACUGUCAAGUGCAUUAGAGAGUUCAUGGACGCAGGUGUUGAGCCACUAGCUCUCAUGUCCCAGAUCGCCACCCUGAUAACGGACAUCCUAGCAGGUGGAUACAUGCCAGCAAGCGACAAGGGAUUUUUUCAUAAGCACGCAUUGUCUAAAGAUCAGCUGGAGAAGCUGCGACAUGCUCUCAAAACGCUGUCGGAAUCUGAGAAGCAAAUACGAUCUUCUCAAGAUCAGACAACAUGGCUGACGGCCGCUUUACUACAGUUUGCUCCUGAUCCUCACUCUGGAUUUCCUGGGUCCUCUGGUAGAACAAGCAAUACACCCAGCAUAUUAGCAGCUAAUGACACGAGCGAGAAGGAGACAAUAGAGUGGGAACCUCCGCUAACAAAAGAGUCCUGGGAUGACGUAGAACAUCAGCACCAAGCUGUUCUCUCUGGACACCUGAAUUCCCUUCAGAUUGACGCAGAGAACAACUUAAAGCACCAAGCUGUUCUCUCUGGACACCUGAAUUCCCUUCAGGUUGACGCUGAGAACAACUUAAAUGGUCAGGACACCACAGCACAACAACCAUCGGCACUUGGAGAAGGUGACAGGGUUGCGCUCGAGCGUCAGCAAAAGCUACUGGACACUUGGAUACGGGUUCUGGAAGUCAGCCAGUCCAGCAUUCUCAAGCAGCUUCUUUGGAACCACAGUAGACUGUCGUCAAUAUCAAUUGAAGGAGGUCGUGCAGUAGCACAUUUGGAAUUUCUACAGGCUGACCACAGAACAAGCGCCGAGAGGUCAAAAACCAGCAUAUCUCACGCGUUUCAACUAGUUCUCGGCUUUCCGGUAGAGAUUCGCCUCCACCUCUCUGGAGACGAAGAUACCAAGUCCAAAAGCCACGAGCAGAAACUCUUGCCCGUUUCAGCGGAGUUCAAAGUUCCGGCCUCGCCUGCAAAGUCAUCCGUACCGCAAGCCGAGUAUCUCAACUCUCGGUCAUUUCCCGUCUUCAUCGGGAACGUCAAGCGCGAGGGCGACGAGUUCCCGAAAGGCUCGUGGGACUUUGAAGACUUUUCGCACAGAAAGUCUGGCAGCUCCGAGAACCACUCGGAGAACGAUGGCACCAAAGGUUGGGGACUGCGUCAACAAGGCAGACAAAUGCUCCAGAUUCAAGGCAGACGGUUCAAGCUUAAGACGGUGCGAAACUUUAGCACGGAUCUUUGCUCGGAAGCGGGGCAGCACGUCGAGUCCAAGAACCAGAAACCAAGUGCUCGGCAAAAGCAAGGUGCCAGUCUACUCUGCUGGAAGACAAACAAAGUGGAUGAAGACGACGAAGAAGAAGCAGAGCAAGAGGCCGCGCGACCAUAAGUUACGAGUAGGUAAGCAAAUGAAUAGUAUAAUAUCAAUGGUGUUAUUCGCCAGGAAAGUAUGAGCACGACUGUGUUUAUUUACUCGGAGAUGGCAACAAAACUAUUGAGAGAAGUAAGGUUAUAGAAACAUCGUAGACUAGGAACUAGAAGAUAGCUACGGACGUACGUUAGGCACUGUUUGUUUAGCAGGAACUCGAGAGAGACUAAUACAUAACGAUGAUGUUGCAGCG